CGGUCACCGACCUCCCUUUCUUCCUCACUCUCGAGCCGACUGAUCGUUCCCCGGCGUCUCGUCGCCGCCGCUCCUCUGCACAUUUCGAUGUGAUGGAGACGGGGUACGACUUCAUUCUCGGCACUAUGUGGUCUCGUCGGUUCCGCAGCACCGAGGCCGAUUGGGCGACCAACACUCUCGUUCUUAAAACGAAGUGUGGACAGACAUAUCGCGUAACUUUCAUAGGUACCACCGCGACACCACGCCCCGAUCCUCCUCCCCCGUUGCUUUCCGUGCACACACCACCUCCUUCUAUUACUGUCACCUCACCUCGGCAGUUCGCUCACUUCAUCCGACAGGACGACGUCACCUUCUUUAUGGUGAACGUGACGGAUCUCUUACACUAUGAUCCACCUUGUCCCAACGCCGAGCUCAUCCCUCUGGAGCUAGAUCCCCCUUCUAUCUCCAUGGCUCCCAUCUCUACUUCCGUCCCUCCGUCGUCCGUCGAGUCCACCCUGUCGUCGCGCACUGACGCUAACGCGGAGGAACUCGCACAAUAUACGACCGACCUAGAGCCCGCAGUUCGUGACCUCAUUCGAGAGUACCACGACAUUUUCCCAUCGUCGUUCUCGUACGCUCCAUCGUCGUUCUCGUACGCUGGCAUCCCACCGAUGCGCGACGUUGAGCACUCCAUCCAGCUUGUGCCUGACUAUCGUGUUCACCACCAGGCACCCUACAGACUCUCGAUCCCCGAGGCCACCGAACUCAAGCGUCAACUUGAGAAGCUCCUGAGACUGGGUUUCAUUAAACCCAGCAACUCCCCAUGGGGGGCACCCGUCCUCUUUGCUCGCAAAGCGGAGGGAACUCUCCGUCUCUGCAUCGACUAUCGCGGUCUCAACCGCUACACGAUUAAGAACAGCUACCCCAUGCCUCGUUCYGAUGAGUUGUUCGACCGCCUAGCAGGCAACCGCUUCUUUACAAAGAUUGAUCUUCGUAGCGGUUACCAUCAGAUCCGCGUCGCUGCAGCCGACCAGCCGAAGACAGCGUUCCGAUCGCGCUUCGGCCACCACGAGUUCACGGUGAUGCCAUUCGGCCUCACCAACGCACCCGCUACCUUUCAGAGGGCGAUGAACGACAUCUUCAGGGACAUCCUUGAGGAGCACCUUAGACACCUCCGCGAUGUCCUUGACCGCUUGCGCAGACAUGGCUUCUACGCUAAGCUGAGCAAGUGCCGCUUUGCCCAGCACAAAGUGGAUUUCUUAGGACACUACGUGUCUGACCAGGGUCUCCACAUGGACGACGCGAAGAUCACUGCUAUUGCGGAGUGGCCCUUUCCCCCAAAUCCGCCAAGCAGCUUCGCAGCUUUCUAGGCCUGACCAGCUACUAUAGCAAUUUCAUCC